ACACUCAGAGAAAGAACCUUUUUUAGAAAACGGUAGCAAGCUCAGAGCUGCAUGCUAAUAAUUUAGCACCAGUGUGACAGUGUGUGCACACACUGCAGUGCUGAUUUCCUGCACAUUCACUUUGACACUGAUCUCUUUAUAGUGUUUUGUAGUAGUGUGACCUUGAUGAUGUGUGAGUGGUAUUAUUAGGGGGUUUUGAUGAUAGUGUAGAAAUGGAAGAAGACCAAGUGCCAAACAAGGAUUCCUCUCAAGUAACAGAUGUGAAGAAGGUGCAGCGCAAAUCUGAAACCAAGCGAUACAGUGAGAUCUUCCGAGAAUUUGACAAUCUUGAUUUAUCUAUACUCUCUUCUGCGGAGGUGGAUCUGCUGUCAGACAUUGACUCACAGUCCAUCACAGAAUCCAUCCCUGCCGAAGGUGUAGAGCAGCAAGAUGUGUCUGAAACCACUUACAGAAUAUCAGAGACGUGUGAAGAUACAUUUAGUCCACAGAAACGCCCUGAGGCCAAUGAAGUGGAUGGAAACCAAUCAGCCCAGGAAGCAGACCUGACUCUUUGUCGCUGUGAAGAUGGAGUGGAGACGGCUCUGCAGUACACCAAACUGUGGUGCCGCUAUGCCAAAGACCUCCUGGCCUGGAUGGAGAAGAGAAUCAGCUUGGAACAAGAAUUUGCAAAAAAUGUGAUUAAGACAGCUGAAGGAGCAAAAGCCAACGUGACACUUCAGGAAAUGAUGCCCCUGCAGUACAUCUACACAAUGGCGCUAGAGCAAGACAUCAAGAACAGUGUGAACUCCAAAAAGACUUCAGAACUGCUACAAAACCGCUGUUACCAAGCUUUGGCUGCCAAGAAGAAUGAGAUUGACAAGUGGCGCAGAGAGUUUAAGGAGCAAUGGGCAAGAGAACAAAGGAAGAUGAACGAAGCAGUGACAGCUCUUAAAAAGACUCGUCAGCAAUAUUUCCAGCGCUGUGAUGAACUAGAAAAAGCUAAAGCUAUCUCUGCUAAAGCUUUGGAUGACACAGCUGGAACCAAAACAGUGGAUAAGAGGCGGAAAUCCAAGGAUGAAGCCCAGAUUAAGGCGAUGGAGGCAGAGCUCCAGUACAAACAGUGUGUGAUUGAUGCCAAGAUACACCAGGAUGACUUAGUGAAGGUCAAGGAGAGAAUUAUUUCCCACAUUCGCAAGCUCAUCUGUCAGGGAGACACUGUGCUCAAGGAGGCCACAGUCAACAUGUUUUACUAUCAACGGCAGCAAACGGAGCCUGUUCCCCUUGGCUAUCACAACCUGGAGGUGACAUGCAGGUCACUGGAGCCGGGUGAGCCCUACCUGCUCUACAUCCUCAGUAAACGUCGUCCCGAACAGCCUCUCCAAGUCUUUACCUUCCAGGAGUAUGUUCCUCAGGGCAAAGGGAACAAACGGAAAACCAGCAACCCUCUUAGCUCUGUGCAGGACUGCUCACCUAUGACAGAUGAUAGUCCUUACAGACGAUCCGGCGAUGGCAAGAAAACAGGGUACAGUGACAUUGAGAGUUUGGGAGGCAGUUCGGAAUCUUUGUCCAGUCCUGCACACACUAAUAGGAGGCUGCCUAAAACUGCAUCGAGCUUGACUGUGUCAUCAGACGACCUGGAUGAGCGGGAUAUGGCAUCAGAAUCAGAGUACAUCGAUAGUCAGCUAGACAAAGUGCGUGCACUUUCAGGAGCUGCACUGACACACAGACUCAGGAAGAUGAAGAGCAAGAUGGUCAAAUGCAAGCAGUGUGAUAACUACAUUGUUGUCAGUGGGGUCGAAUGUAAGGAGUGCGGGCUGGCUUUGCACAGGAAGUGUAUGGAGGUGUGUCAGCUAGAGUGUGAACACCGGAAGGGGACUGUGUUUGGGGUUGAUCUCUCUCAGCUGCCACGUGAUAGGCCAGAUGAGGUUCCCUUUGUGGUACUACAAUGUAUAUCUGAGAUUGAGAGUCGAGCUCUUUCGGUCCAGGGGGUGUAUCGUGUAAGUGGGUCCAAGCCUCGCAUCCAGAAGAUCUGUCAGGCCUUUGAAACGCAAAAGGAUCAGGUGGACCUCUCUGACCUCUCACCGCAUGACAUCACCUCAAUCCUUAAACAGUUUCUGAAAGAGCUCCCGGAGCCCUUACUAACUUUUGAUCUGUACAAUAAUUUCAUCGCAAUGGGAAAGAUUAUUCAGAACCUGAGUGAAAGGGAGCCUACACCAGACACUAAUGAGAUAAUGGACAUCACUGACAGGCUGCAAAACCUACUACAGAAACUCCCUUCAUAUUGCUACAGCACCUUGCAGCACCUGAUGUCACACCUGCAAAAAGUUUCAGAGAACUGCGAAAACAAGAUGUCCCCAAGCAAUUUGGGCAUUGUGUUUGGGCCAACGCUAUUGCGCCCCCUUGUGUCCACAGACAUUUCAAUGAUUGCCCUGAUGGAGACCAGUUACCAGGCUGCACUUGUUGAAUUCCUCAUCACACACCACGACGAGUUUUUUGUACAUCAGCAAAGACCCAGUACACCCCCUCCUCCAGCCCCUACUGCACCUCUUCCAGACACUCCUCCCAGAGCUUCAUGCCCCCUGGAUGGGGAUGUUUAUGAUGGCUCAGAACAGGAGAGCCCCUCCAGACCACGGCCAAACUCAGUAGAACUUCGAACAAUCAAGAGAGAGUCAAGUGAGGGUUAUAUUUCUGACAAGUCUUCAUCCAAUGAGGCAGUGGACCAGUUCAGCUCUGAAGCCAAUGAGAGAGCAGUCCUGGCUAUGAGAGGGGCAUCAAGCAAUCCUCGGGGUGAGCCGAUGGGGGAACCAGACUUUGUUAUGGGGGCCCAGCCACACUAUCGCUUCACCAGACAGCCUGUGAAGUAUUACCGGCAUCAUAACCCAGGAACCCGACUCCCCAGCCAAGGUCGUCCAACCAGACUGCCUGCAAACCCAGCAAGUGGAAGUCCAGGGAGUGAAGAUAGUAGCCGCAGUUCUUCUCCAGAGCCAGAGACACAGAGACUUUCCCAAAACAUAGAUGUCCACUAUGAGAACACCCGCCAACACCACCCGGCCACGGUUGCCAUAGAGAGUAGAGUGGACAUCCCACUGAGGCCCCGUGAGGUUGUACAGUACAUGCUGGGACUGGACUCAACAUGUUCAUCAGCUGCAACUGCAACAUCAUCCAGUACAGCACAGGAGUCCUCCCAGGAGGUGGUGGCUGCUUGUCCUGCUGAUCGGAACAUAAAUCUUCCCAAUAAUAGACAGAGUGCCGGAGAGAGUCGAUCUCUGUGUCAGUCACAAAGGACACUUCCUGUUGAGCACAACCUGACCUCACCAGCCCAGAAGAUCCUGUCUGGACUGAAACUGAAACGGAGCCAUUCAGGGAAAGAUGAGCAGCUCUUUGUAUGAGAAAAGAUAGAAAUCAAUAGUCAAUCAGUCUAUUCUCUCUCUCUCACACACACACACACACACCAUCUCUGGAGGAUGUAAAAUCAUUAAUGUCACCUUUAUUGUGUGUAAUGACUGCAACUGCUAUCAAGGUUCAUGAAGUUUUCAUAAAUUAAAUGCUACACACGAAUAUCACUUGAAACACAAAACUGAAAAAUAAUAAUAAUAUUUUAAAAAAUAACUUGGAUGAUGAUUCAGUUACCAAAAAGUUAAAAUUCAAAUUCACAAUCACAUCUUUAAGGAAACACUGUUGAACAGUUCAGGCUUACUUGGAUGCCACAGCUUUAUUACC